UUUGGCCCAAAUUUAUGCCCAAUGUUGCUCGGAUUGAAAUCAGCAAUGGGAAAGCUUUCAACUAUUAUGUCACUUUCGGGAAACAAGUUUUUAAAUGAUUCCGACGUCUUAAUACUUCAAAAUUCGAUUCGCGGAUUUGUGGAGGAUUUGAAAGUAGCGGUUCCCGAAGAAACAAUUAUUUUAAAGCUGCACUUGUUGGUCUACCAUGCACCACAAAUGGCAAAAGAUGUGAGAAACAUUGGAAGGAUCACAGAACAAGGAGUUGAAUCUGUCCACGCGAUUUUCAAUGCACUUGAGAGGAGAUUUUGCAAUUACCGGGACAAGAAAAGGCGUUACAUCCAUGUUCUGAGAGAGCUCAUGUGUCGUAACAUCAUGAAUGACAUGACUAUGGUAAUUUUGGUACAGAAAAACAUUUCUGCAUUCUUAAAAACACAACUAUUUCAGAACACGUCCAUUCCCGGUCUUUCCAUCGUACCAAAAGAUGCAACAGUUCUGCCAAUUUCUUCGCAAAAUGAUCUUCGGGACCCAAAAGCAGUUAUUCGGGACGUCACGGCUGCCCAAAAAAGAAAAAAUUUAGCGAAAAAAAAAAUCAAUUUUCGCUCCAGGAAAAGGCUUCCACAAUCGACAAAAUCUCGAAAUGCUGUGGUGAGAUUUUUAUUUUUCUCGAAAAGUUUCAAAUUUUGAAAAUUUUCAGCCCGACUUCUCACAAAACGUACAAACUUCUAUUGCAUUUGGAGGCAAUUCAACGAAAAUUGGAUUCCGUGGUCUACCGAGUAAUGCUCUUUCUCGUCCGAACCCGGUGGUAGGUUCACUGCUUUAAAUCAACUCAAAAUUGAAAUCAAAAAUUAUUUCAGGCAAUCACACAAACUUGCUCGACAAGCCAGCCAAUCACUAGAAGCCAUCCACUUGUUGCUCCACCAGUAUCCUAUCAACUUCCGAAAUGCAGUAAUAGUUUAGCUGAAGUGAGUGUAAAGGUGAAAUGACAAUUUCAAUAAGUUAAAAAUUUUAGAAAAUUCGAGUAAGUUGUGGGCAAGCAAGAAGGAGUGCUGCAGAAUCUUCUUCGACUGAAAGCCACGUGGACACAAAUUCGAAGAAGAAAGUUUACAGAAUAAAAUUCGUCCAAAAAAGUCGUGAAAUUCCGAAGAAAAAGUAAUAUAUCGAUUUUCUGUUUUUUUUAUUAUGAUUUCUAAUAUUUUUAUUUUAAUGCUUAAUUUAAAAUGACCGAAAAAUAAAGAAUUGAUUCUCAAAAAGUAAUCUCAGAGCAAUAUAUGUUGUUUCUUUAUAUAAUUGAUCCAUUUUAUCAACAAAUCGCAUUUUUAUCGCUCAAAAAUCGAUAAAAACAGCUCAUCAGAAACUUUCAUCGAGUAAAAUGAGACAUCAUUCGUCUGUGAAAAGCGAAAUAUCGAUUUUCCUUGAAUAUAGUGAAGAAAAGAUCUUCAUACUUACGAUUUUUCACAAAUUCGAUGAAAAUUUGAUAGUUUUUUUUUCAAUUUCAGCUCUAUAAUUCCGAAAAAAAUCUUCUGUUAAUUUUCGCGAAAUUUCGUCAAUUAAAAUGCGCGCUGUGCAGUACGCAACGGUGUACGAAACUUUAAACUGAGUAUUCAACGUUGAGCACGCAGUCAGCCAAAUUGGAAUACGGUAGAGAAUUCUCGUCCAUGUACCCCCCGCCGGGCCGUGAAGAGACGAUUCAAUAUGAACUUCGACGACUCGACGUUUUCGAUAGUCGAAGACUUGAUAGACGACAGACCGUUCGACCCGACGCUCACCGACGACACAUCUCCAUCCGAGUUCUUCGAAGACUGGUUUCUCAACUUCCCAGGAAGUACGGGCCCAGCCCCCCAGACCGGCCGCGACCCAAAUGGCCCGACGACUGCGACGGCUCCACAAGGCUCUGGCUCCCAGGAAGUGUGGAUCCAAUCCGCGGAUCACGUCGUUCUGUACGACAAGAUAGAUGUGGUGCACGCAGCGAUCAACAGGAUCUCCCUCGCGAUGGAAGUCUCUGGAGGAUUCAAUGCUCACACGCCACCACCAUCCGAAGAGCAACCUCCACCACAACUCGUACCAGCCGCACAGGAGUUCCCACCACCACUUCGCGUUCCUGCUCCACAACUAUUUGGACCACCGCCACCACAACUCCAGCAACAGCAGCAACAACACCAGCCGGUCAGACGCCGAUACCAACCAAGGAUCGCCAAGAAAUUGGCACGAGGACAAUCCCCAUCGAAUAUCUCGAUAUUCGAUCACUAAAUUUUUAUCUUUUAAAUUUUUUGAAAUUCCCCCCUCACCACUCCUCACCGGUAUCUGAUACCACAUUGUUGAAGCUGUUAUUUGUUCCUUGAUUUAAUAAAUCUCGGCUGUUAA